AUGAUAUUGACCAAGGCCCAGUACGAGGAGAUAGCUCAGUUCCUCGUGGCUGUGCCACCUACCAGGCAGAGCCUGAGGAAGCUGAAACAGAGGUUCCCCAGUCAAUCGCAGUCCACUCUGCUGAGCAUCUUCUCCCAGGAGUACCAGAAACAUAUUAAGAGAACGCAUGCUAAACAUCAUACCGUGGAGGCUAUCGAAACUUAUUACCAGAGGUACCUGAGUGGAGUGGUGAAAGAUGGAACAGCCCCUGUGCUUUUGGAGCUGGCCAAUGAGGUGGACUAUGCACCUUCAUUGAUGGCUCGAAUUAUAUUGGAAAGGUUCCUACAAGACCAAGAAGAAUCUCCACAGAUUAUCCUAAUUGUUAGGAACUUUCUCCUUACCUCCAAGCUAAGCUUGUUCAUUGAUGAAGAUCAACUCCGUGCAAAGGGUUAUGACAAAACACCAGAUUUUAUUUUAGAAGUACCAGUCGUAAUGCUUUGUCCCUUAGCUCUAGAAGGGCACAUAAUUCACUGGAUUGAAAGCAAAGCCUCAUUUGGUGAUGAAUGUAGCCACCAGGCCUACCUGCACGACCAAUUCUGGAGCUACUGGAACAGAUUUGGUCCUGGAUUAGUGAUCUAUUGGUAUGGAUUCAUCGAGGAGCUCGAUUGUAACCGAGAAAGGGGCAUCUUACUCAAAGACUGCUUUCCCACUGACCUUGUCACCCUAGGCCAGAGCAUAGCUCAGCCCUGACCAUCCUGGAAAUGACGCUGGGAGGAAGAGGUGAAUCCGGAAGCAAUUUGACUUUCCUGCAAUAUAAACUGCUGGCAACAUCUGCCCUGAACUUCAGCUGAACUCUUGCUUGCCCGUGGUCACACCAGUACCUCUUCAGACAAAUAUCAAGAGUUUCUGUUUUGUUUCAUCCCUUGUUGAUGCGAGCAGCCAAGAACUACAGACAUAACCCACUCAUUAUCAGCAUUUCUGUCUCUGUCAAACAGUUGGUUUAUAGAUAGUCAUAAUCUCUCUUCCUUCCGGAUGGUUUCUCCUUGCCUGUAGAACAAAAGAAAAAAUGUGGAGGCUGAAAGGUGUGAUUUUCAAUUCUCCUCCUGGUUGCAGAAUCACCCCCUUUAUUAUUUUUUUUUCAAAGCUUCUAUUCAUUUUCUCUUCCUUCUCCUUUUCUCUUCCUAUAUACAUGUAGAUAACCAGUAUUUUAUUAAGGUAAUGGGCAGAUCUAGGUCAAAAUGAAAACCUCUUCCCCCUUCCCCAUCUAAAAAGCUAAGAAAUGAUGUAUGAAAGUAUGAUUUCACUGUUAACUACAACAGUCCAUUGUCAGUAGAUGGCUCAGGGCAUAAAGGUGGGAGCUGUGCUUAGGGGUUAUAUUGUCCACCCUGAUCAGAGUUUCCUGACUUGAAUGGCAUUCAGCCAAGCAGUGAGCAGCAUUUUAUGUGAAUUUCCUCUUUUUUCAGGAACAUCUGAACAUCAAACGUAUUUAUGUUGAUCAGUUUCAAACGUAUUUUUCAACACCACAAUUAGAGGGCAUCUACAUUACAUUGAUGUUAGGGAUUGACAUUUGAAGGGAGGCAACUUAGAUCCAGUUAAGAGUUCUGUCUAAAAGAGUAUUUUAAAAUGUCCGGGGGGGGGGGGGGUAAUAAACAGGCAUAUUGUCAGAUACUUACAAAAUAAAAAGUAAA